UCAUCAACACAUUACAUUAGAUCUAGAUUUCAUUGCGAAUAUUGCGUCUAUUUCCAUUCGGCAAAUAUUGCAAUAAAUAUAUUCAUUGCCCCGGAGCCCGAAUUGGAUUCGUGUGACGUCCACUAAAGUUUAAGUUUGUCUACAUGGGCUGCUAUGACUCGAGCAUUCUUCGCCCUCUUCUCGGCUCAACAACAAAUGGAAUAAACAAUGGGUCAAGUAAUAAUAACACCAAUAAUAUUAAUAAUAACUCUUCCAAACGACGACGGUGGUGGUGCUUUUGGAAACGCAAGCAAGGUUACAAUGGAAUGGACGAGGAUGAAGAAGUAGACAUUGACGGUUUGAAAGUUCGCCAUCACCGUUCUCCUGGACAUCAACGGCCUUUCAGCUGUGACUCGAUAAUGGGGACUGGGCGGAAAUUGGGUUUGUUGGUGUGGAAAAAUCUACUCCUUCGGAGGCGCCACUACAUUGUGACCGCGUUGGAAAUACUGCUGCCCACAUUAUUCUCCUUGGUCUUAGUCUAUGGAAGAGCGCAGGCUAACAAGGCGUCCCAUGGAAUCUUGUCAAACCCUGCUGUUGCUGACCUAUUUCACUACAAGUCGCCCCCGGAUAUUUACGGCGAAAUAAGAGAGGAUGAAUUCAGAAUCUCAUGUGGCUCACAGUCUCAGUCUGGAGUUGGUGGAAAUUGUCUAGUUGCAUAUGCUCCAAAUUCUAGUGACGCAACUGAUGUGAUUAAUCAACUCGUUGAUACUCUAGAUUCAAAAUUCAAGGAGAAAAUCAAAUGGAGAGGUUUCCAAUCAGAAGCUGAAAUUGAGCAGUUUGUUGCUAGUCUGAGCUUUAAUGAGAUCACUGGUGGACAUACGACACUUCGAGCGGCUCUCAUCUUUAAAACCAGCUUCCGGCCCAUCGGAGGCGUUUUUAGCUAUAAAAUUAGAAUGAUGGACAAUUCUUUUGCAUUCCCACCCGAGGUUAUGUCUCUCUAUCCGUCAUUUCAACUACCCGGACCAGACACCAAUAACCUAGUUCGAUACAAGGAAUCUGGAUUUUCAGAUUUUCAAUUAAACCUAGAUAAAAUCCUAAUUAGAAAGUUUACACAAAACAGUCUAAAUACAACGAUCGGAUUACAAGCCUUCCCUUAUCCUCCACAUGAAAGAAUGGCUGUGAAUUUCAGUGAAUUUUAUUUUAUCAUAUUACCGAAUGUGAUAAUCCUUGGAUUUAUAUUUAUUGUGCCGUCCAUAAUCAGAGGAGUUGUUAACGAACGCGAGACUGGAAUCAAAGAACUUAUGAAACUUUCCGGAAUCCCUGGAUGGAUGCACUGGUUCGCCUGGACCGUGAAUUCAAUGUUGUUUUUAUCGUUAAGUGUCACAAUCGUCGUUGUGUUAUUUUUCACCGACUAUCUGAACAAAGAAGCUGGAGCAAUUUUGACAAAGAGUAAUCCGCUCUUGUGGUGGAUUGUCUUAUUUUUGUAUGUGCUCGCAUCAACGGGAUUUUGCUUCUUUAUCUCAUCAUUCUUCCAUAAACCCAUAAUUGCGAUAACUGUUGGAAUAAUAUUGUGGCUGGCAACCUAUUACGCUCCCUCCGUCCCGUUGGGUGACACUAAUAAAUAUUUGAGCCUUUCCCUUUCGGAUAAGAUGUUAGUGGCUUUGUUACCUAAUAUGGCUUUAUACUGGGCACUAAAGGUCAUGUGUGGACUUGAAGGGAAAGCAUCUGGAGCACAAUGGAGUAAUUUUUGGGAGCCAUUAAGUAGCACGGACUCAUUAACCCUAGGUCAUACUAUUUUGAUGUUUCUUGUGGAUAUCGUUUUUUACUUCCUUUUAACCCUGUACGUUGAAGCAAUCCUUCCAUCGCAGUAUGGAACACGCAAACCGUGGUACUUUAUUUUUAAACCAUCAUCUUGGGGAAUUUCAAAAAGUGCAGGAAACCUUGAAAGUGAGGAUGAUGAAGAGCUAACUGAAAAGCUUGGGUUUGAAAAAGAACCACAAGGACUCCAUGCAGGAGUCGUAAUCAAGAACCUGCGGAAACGAUUUGGUCGAAACAAUGUAGCUGUGGGUGGAGUAUCAAUGAAAAUGUAUGACGGAGAAAUAUUUGCACUCCUAGGUCACAACGGUGCUGGGAAAACUACAACGAUUUCCUGUUGUAUCGGAAUGAUGGCGCCUACUAGUGGAACUGCUGUGAUAAACAAUUAUGAUAUAAGGACCGACAUGGACCUUGUACGAGAACAACUUGGCCUUUGCCCUCAGCAUAAUUUGCUGUUUGAUGAGCUAACAGUGGAUGAACACUUAACAUUCUUUGGCAAGCUGAAGGGAUUGGGCCAUGAAGAAGCCAAACAGGAACGUGUAGAAAUGUUGAAGAAACUCCAAUUGACAGAGAAAACCGACACGUUGGCGAGUGCUCUGUCCGGGGGUCAGAAGCGUAAAUUGUGUCUAGGAAUUUCUUUAAUUGGAAAAGCAAAGGUCGUAUUCUUGGACGAACCCACUAGUGGAAUGGAUGUGGAAGCUAGGCGAGCUAUUUGGGAUUUACUAUUAGCGGAACGAGGACAACGCACGAUAGUGCUAACGACGCACUUCAUGGAGGAAGCAGACGUACUUGGUGACAGGAUCGGAAUUAUGGCACAUGGCGAACUACAGUGUUGUGGAACUUCUUUGUUUCUGAAAAAACAUUACGGUGCUGGAUUUACUUUGUCAAUGACCAUGUCUGAUGAAGAUAGUGAAAAUAAAAAUGGUGCUUUAUCUAUUGUUCAAAAUCACGUCCCAAAUGCUGCUUUCAAAGAAAAUUCAUUGGAUGGAAGUUCAUGUGAAGUUUCAAUAAUUCUUCCUACCGAAUCGUGCACUACGGCUGUAUUUCCGGAUAUGUUCCAACAAUUACAACAAAGCCAGCAAGCCUUGGGAAUAAGAACAAUCGGAAUGUCUUUGACCACCAUGGAAGAAGUUUUCAUUAAGGCUGAUGAAAGUGCAACUGAAAAACGGAAUAUCAUGGGUCUCCAAUCAACAAGAGAUCAUGAGGCAAGUUCUUCGUCCCUUUCAGAAAACACUUCCUUGAAUCACAGGGGACAUCGAAAUGGAGAAGCACUAGUCUCAAAAUUUACGGAUCCUGAAACCAAAAAUGCGGUAAGACCCCGCUUGACUUUCGGACUUCGAUUGAUCAUGCAGCAAUUUGAAGGAUUUUUUAUCAAACGACUCAAAUAUACUUCUCGAAAGUGGAUGCUAGUCUUAACACAAGUGUCAAUUCCUGUUUUCAUUCUUAUUAUCGCCAUCCUUGCUGGUAAUACCCAAUUACAACCUCCCACUUCUCCAAAAGCUUUAAAAAUCGAACUAGGACCAUACAAAAAGGCAAUAACAUUGUUUUCUGGCAAUGAUGAGAAAAUGAAAGAGAGCUUUAUGUCUCUCGCCGGAUCGUCAGCCCAAAUGUUUGAAGGAAACGGCACAUUUGACUUGGUUCAAGAACUCAUACGCAUUGGUAUCGAUGAUCUCGCCAUAUUUCGUGAAAGACAUAUUGUCGCUGCUGAACUUAAUUUAACUCACGUCAAGGCAAUGUUUUCGACAAUUCCAAACCACGCGUCGCCAUUAGCAUUGAAUCUCGCAUCUAAUACUCUAUUGAGAUCCUUAGGACCUACUCAACAAAAUCUCAGAAUAGAAGUUACCAACCAUCCACUUCAGGGAGGCUUUGAUUAUUUGAUUCAAGCCUUACAACCAGACCCUGCCUUUUCAGUUAGUAAUGCGCUAAUGUUUGGAGCACUCGUUCCAAUUGGUCUUGCACUCCUUGCGGCCAGUUAUAUUGUGUCUCCCUUGGAAGAAAGGCUUUGCAAAGGCAAACAACUUCAAUUGAUGACUGGCGUUCAUCCAAUUUUAUAUUGGGGUUCGUCGUUUUUAUGGGAUUUUCUGGUUAUGACUGCAGUUAUUAUUGUAAUGGUCAUGUGUUUUCCUAUAUUUCAAAAAGCACAUACUUACACGUCCUAUGGUGGUGCUGGUGCUAUAUUUCUGAUUCUUCUCGUGUAUGGUUAUGCUGCUAUCCCAUUUUCAUACAUUGUCAGUCUUUUUGCUGGCACGGUACCUGGAGGAUUUUCCUUUGUUACAAUAAUUCACAUUGCUACUGGAAUGAUCCUACCGUUUGUGGUCUACGUCUUGGAAGCAACUCCAACGCUAUCCUCAAUUUCUGACACUAUUCGAAUGGUUGGCCGAUUCUUUCCAACUUUUGGUGCAUCUAUCAGUACGAUGAGGUUUGUAGAAAUUGCUCUGAAAAAUAGUCGAUGCAGUUUGUUACCAGAAAAUGCUGAAGCACUGCUCUGUGAUAAGAAUGUAAACUUGAACCCUGAAUAUCGUCAGUGCUGCGAUAAUUGCGAAAGUUUUGCUGGUUCAAAUUGUAUGAAACCAAUUUCAUACAUUUCAUGGAUUUACAAGAGAGCAUCUUUAAUACCUGAGGGAGGUUCAGAUAGUGUUGAAAUUCCUGGAAUUGGGCAAGAUAUUUUGUACCUCUUCCUACUUGGAUUUGCAUAUCAAGUCAUUCUAAUAUUUUUGGAAGUCGGACUCAUUCAACGUCUUCUUGGUCUAAUUUUCCGAACAAAAGCUGAUGCAUUCAGAACAAAGACUGACGAUCAAGACGUGGAAGUUGAAGCCGAAAGAGUGCAUGAAAUUGUCAAUAGCGGAAAAAUGGGCGAAGAUGCACUGGUUGUAGAGAAUUUAUGCAAAAGUUAUGGCUCUCUUGCGGCUGUGGCGAAUCUAAAUUUUGGAGUGCAUUACGGAGAGUGUUUUGGACUCUUGGGUGUAAAUGGAGCAGGCAAAACUACUACCUUUAGAAUGCUUACUGGUGAUGAAAUGAGAUCAAAUGGAAAUGCAUAUGCAUCCGGGUUAAAUGUGGAAUCAUCCAGAAAGCAAUUCCUUGCAAAAAUUGGAUAUUGUCCCCAAUUUGAUGGAAUUGUUGGGGUUUUGACUGGUAGAGAAAUGGUUGAAUUGUUCGCUAGACUGCGAGGAGUUGAAAAUGUAUGCAAAGAUUCGGAGAAGUGGUUAUCGAAAGUUGGAUUGACUGAUAGUAGAAAUGUACAAUGUCAAAAAUAUUCGGGAGGAAUGAAACGUCGCUUGAGUGCGGCUAUGGCAAUGGUGGGUGAUCCAGACCUUGUUUUGCUAGACGAGCCAACAACCGGAGUUGAUCCUGUUAGCCGGAGAGAAUUUUGGAAAAUUAUUUCAUCCAUCAGAGAAUCCGGGAGGGCGAUCAUUCUCACUUCUCAUAGUAUGGAAGAAAUUACGGCUUGUUGUUCGCGCUUGGGGAUUAUGGUUAAUGGAGAAUUCCAAUGUAUUGGCAGCGUUCAACAUUUAAAAAAUAAAUUUGCACAAGGAUACACACUUUCAAUCAAGUUGAAAUCAAAUUCCAACGGAUUUGAGGCUGAACUUGCACAACUAGAUCGUGAAAUAAUCGCAAACCUUUCCCCUUGUUCCUUGAAAGAUAAGCAUCAGACUGCAAUCCAGUACCACAUUCAAAAUACAUCCCUUCCGUGGGAUAAACUUUUUAGGACAAUGGAAGAUCUCAAGCAAAGAUUUGAAGCCGUAGAAGACUAUUCUAUCACCGAAACCACUCUGGAGGAAGUAUUUCUCUCAUUUGCACGAAAACAGUAUCAAAACAGAGAAGCUAACAUUUCUCUAUUAAGAAAAAUCAUGCUAUGUCAAUGUAACCAAUAGUAUAAUAUUUCGUAUUAAUAUUUGACAGAGACUUUGUUUAUUUUAUUUUUUGUAACGCUACAAUUUUGCUAUUACUAAUAAAUGAAUGCCUUAUUACCAUA